AUUCCACUCUUUCCUUUCCAACUAUGGCAGCUCUCACUUCUUUGUCCUUCUCAUCAUCAUUCACUCAGUGCUGUGAGAGAAAAGCAACUGUGUCCUCAUCAACUCAUCGUUUCUUUGUCUCUUCAAGUUCUGAAGUCUUCGGUUUUAGGACCAUUUUCUCGUACCAUUAUGGGGGUGUUCGAGCUUCUUGUUCCUCAUCCAAAAUGGUUGUUCAAUGCAUGUCUUCUGCCACAGAUGCUCCUACUGUUUCUGAGACAAAGUUAAAUUUCCUUAAGGCAUAUAAGCGACCAAUCCCAAGUAUCUACAACACUGUUCUGCAGGAGCUCAUUGUGCAGCAACAUUUGAUGAGAUAUAAGAGAUCGUAUCGCUAUGACCCUGUGUUUGCUCUUGGUUUUGUCACUGUUUAUGAUCAACUCAUGGAAGGGUAUCCUAGUGAUGAGGACCGGGAUGCUAUCUUCAAAGCAUAUAUUAAUGCUUUGAAUGAAGAUCCUGAACAAUACAGAAAAGAUGCUCAAAAGUUGGAAGAGUGGGCGAGGGCUCAAAACCUAACUUCCCUUGUUGAGUUUUCAUCCAAAGAUGGAGAAAUUGAGGGGAUCUUGAAGGACAUAGCAGAAAGAGCAGGAAAGGGGGAUUUCAGCUACAGUCGUUUCUUCGCAGUAGGACUAUUUCGUCUUCUUGAGUUAACAAACGCAACAGAGCCAACAAUUUUGGAAAAGCUCUGCGCAGCUUUAAACAUCAACAAAAAAAGUGUUGAUCGGGACUUGGAUGUGUAUCGGAAUCUGCUUUCCAAGUUGGUUCAAGCAAAGGAGCUGCUCAAGGAAUACGUUGACAGGGAGAAGAAGAAAAGAGAAGAAAGAGCUGAACCCCAAAAGGCUAAUGAGACCAUUACAAAGUGUUUGGGACAACAACUGUCUGGUCAGCAGCUAUGGUCUUAUGAAAAUAACAUCUACUGAUAAUUCGGUGUCCUUGACAUAAUUUCUGGUUAUGCAGAGUUUGGAUAAUCAGUAGAGGCAACUCAAUCGAAUUUCGAUAUGCAUAUUUUAUUAUGUGUAAAUUUGUAAUAUUCUGUGUUGGUGAUCAACAUGAAAUCCUUGUAUCACCUAGAGUCAACCAUUGUUAAUUCCAAAAUCCAACACGAUUUACAUGUAUUAGUUUUCUCCUCA